UGUGAUUGGUCGGAUGAGGAAGCGAGCCGGUUUGGACUGAAAAUGGCGUCGGUCGCCUUCCAGCAGCUGCGGGGUCUGGUGGAGACUCAGGAGGCGCUGCUAGAGGGGCUGAGGCGGCAGAUAGCAGUACAGGAGAAGAACUCAGUCAGCAAGGCAGAAUAUGAGGAUAUUGUGAAAAAAUUAGAGAAGGAAGAGGAAGACCACUCAAAGACAAAGACUAGUCUAGCUGUGGUAUCAGAACAGUUGGAGUUUGCCCUUGGGGAGAUCGAUGUCUUAUCAAAGCAUCUUGAGAUGGAGAAACAAGCAUUUGACAGCGCACUUUCUCGUGUAAACAACAAAGUGCUAAAGCAAUCAGUCCAAAAGGACAAGCUGAUAAGCAAAUGCUCUGAAAUUGAGACCCAUAUUCAGAAACAGGAAGACAUUUUAAACUACAAAGAAAAUGAGAUCAAAGAGCUGCAGCACUUCAUCGAUAAGCAGAAGCAAACCUUAAAAAAACAAGCAUCUGAGUUCAAGAUAGAAAAACAACAGGAGAAUUACAUAGCAGAAGCGCUUGGAAAAAAGAAUAAGAAAGAUUUCAAGUAACCACAGAAGCAUUGUGUAAAGUCAGUUGUUUUCUCAUCUCUAAAGCUACGGAAGUCAAGGACUGACUUUUUCGUUUUUCCCACUUAAUUCUGUCUGUGAUUGGAGAUUAUCAUGGAGGAAUUCAGUUCACCUCCAAAUGUCAUUUUUCCAUAUCUCAUUCACUGGACCCCAUUGUGAAGGUAUGCAUUUCUGUAGCAGUUUAGUUGGACAAAGAUUGCAAGAUUGAAUGCUCCCAAUGUAGACAAAAUGCACCUGCUUUUUCACCUUCAAAGCAUGGCUGUGGAAGCUGGUCAAGAAUCAAAUGCUCUUUAGACCAUUAGUGUUCCUGGGAAGUGUUUUAUAAGUCAUUCUUGAUGUGACCUGGACUAUAAGAUUAACAGUGCAACUCCAUUCAUAUGUACUCAGAAGUCCUAUUGUACUCAGAACGGCUUACUGAACCAUAAGUGGAUAUAGAACUGGAAUUUGAAAGUUCUUUCCUGCAAGGUUGUUGUUUUUCAUUCCUCAUCCAUCUCCAGAAGACAAAUUUCAAAGUGAUGUAGAAAAAUUUCAACUGUCAAAUGAAGGGGAAACCUAGAGAAAUAUACAAGUAAUUUUAAAAAUAAUUGCCUGUGAGUCCUUUGAGCUUUAUUCUAGAGUAGUAGCUGUAAUAGUCAAUGUCUUUUCAAAGCUUGAGAAACAGGAGAGCCCAGGGAUCCUAAACUACUGAUAUAUUUUCUGCCUGUGAAUUAAAAUAAAUGACAAUUCUGUAUAUGAAAAAUUAUAGGUGAAUGGGUAACUGCAGAAUUCAGCCAGCAACCCAUGGCAAACAUCAUACCCCUUCCACUCCUUGUCUAGGCCAUGGCACAGGUGGAAUAUGCAAAGCAGAUUCUGAAACGAAGUGCUGGUUAUUCAGUAGGAAAGUAGAAGAAUUCCACAUAUGCUCAAGAGUAGUUAUAACACUUAUUUUUAUAGAGGGAAAAGAGCCUCUCACUGAGCUUUUGUAGAGUUAUUUAAUAUAUAUGUGUAUGUGUGUGAUGGUUUUUAGAAGUCUUAUGUUUAUUACCUCAAGCUGGAGCUUUUAUGAUGACACAGUAUUUUUCAGUCACUUCAGUAUAGCGUUUUAUACUUGGAAACAUCUCGUUCUACAUAUUCUUGGCUGUUGUGCUUGGUAUGUGGAAUCUAGGUACCUAGAAUAUUGUUCUCUGUGAUGGUAUUAGUGACAAAUGCAUUUAUGUUGUUUUAAUAGUUUUAACUUUAAAAAGUAAUUCUGUGCACAUCACUAUUGAAAAUGAGGUGUUGGUGUUUAAUAAAUUAUUAAUAGUAUAUUCUUACUUUCCCCAAAACAGUCUAAAAUGUAGCAUUAUUUCUUUCUCUGUAACACAGAUUCAUCUCAUUGUUUAUUCCUUCCUCCUGUGUCUCCAGCCUACAAUUAGAACACCAGAUAAAAGAAAUAAGAAAUAAGAAACAGAAAAGGAGAUAAAGUACUAAAUUAUAUCC